AUGGAAUCAUACAAGGAGCUCACUUGUGAGUUCUUGGCAUCGAUGAGCUUGAGAUCUUGUUUGGCUUCCUAUGGAGAAGGAACCCAUUGGGAUAUCAAGGAGAAUGAGCUCCAAAGUGUGUGGGCUACAAUCGCUGAGGAAGGGUUCUCUUCUUCAAGGUCCAAGGCUGCUCAUAUAAGGAGUCAUGUGCUGAGAUAUGUGCACAAGGCCCUUGCCAACACCUUCUUUGCAAGGAAGGCAACAUGGACGAUCAAUGAAGGAGAAGUCAAGCUACUUGACAUGGGGAUUAAGCCCAUCAUCUCACGCACCAUGGAUGGGAAGAAUGUCAGAGGAGAUAGAGCACACGCAGAAACCUUAUGCCCCUCCUCGAUCAGCUACUCUCCUACAGCACCACAGCCUAUAGCACUCGAUUUUAACAAGGAAGAAGGCUAA